AUGAAGAUGCGCAAGGCAUGCUCCGACCCCUGCCGUACCACCGCUGCGCUUGCCUCCCAUGCCCACAGCGAGGAUGGCGACGCCCAUGCAGAGGCUGAUGUCCAGAGCCACAAGACGCUGCUGCUGCUGCUGGCUGCGGGGGCGGCAGAGGCGUGGGAGUGGAGCGCGAGCAGCAUGGAGAGCAGUGAGAGGGCAGCACCUGGCACGUCCAAUGGCAUGGCCUCCAGUCGCCCUGCCAUGCCACUCAUCCUCCCCGACUCAUCAUCACCUGCUGGCCUCUCCCCUGCUGGCCUCUCCCCUGCUGGCCUCUCCCCGGCUGGCCUCUCCCCUGCUGGCCUCUCCCCUGCUGGCCUCUCCCCUGCUGGCCUCUCCCCUGCUGGCCUCUCCCCGGCUGGCCUCUCCCCUGCUGGCCUCUCCCCUGCUGGCCUCUCCCCUGCUGGCCUCUCCCCGGCUGGCCUCUCCCCUGCUGGCCUCUCCCCUGCUGGCCUCUCCCCUGCUGGCCUCUCCCCUGCUGGCCUCUCCCCGGCUGGCCUCUCCCCUGCUGGCCUCUCCCCUGCUGGCCUCUCCCCUGCUGGCCUCUCCCCUGCUGGCCUCUCCCCUGCUGGCCUCUCCCCUGCUGGCCUCUCCCCUGCUGGCCUCUCCCCUGCUGGCCUCUCCCCUGCUGGCCUCUCCCCUGCUGGCCUCUCCCCUGCUGGCCUCUCCCCUGCUGGCCUCUCCCUGCUGGCCUCUCCCCUGCUGGCCUCUCCCCUGCUGGCCUCUCCCUGCUGGCCUCUCCCCUGCUGGCCUCUCCCCUGCUGGCCUCUCCCCUGCUGGCCUCUCCCCUGCUGGCCUCUCCCCUGCUGGCCUCUCCCCUGCUGGCCUCUCCCCUGCUGGCCUCUCCCCUGCUGGCCUCUCCCCUGCUGGCCUCUCCCCUGCUGGCCUCUCCCCUGCUGGCCUCUCCCCUGCUGGCCUCUCCCCUGCUGGCCUCUCCCCUGCUGGCCUCUCCCCUGCUGGCCUCUCCCCUGCUGGCCUCUCCCCCUGCUGGCCUCUCCCCUGCUGGCCUCUCCCCUGCUGGCCUCUCCCUGCCCUGCUGGCCUCUCCCCUGCUGGCCUCUCCCCUGCUGGCCUCUCCCCUGCUGGCCUCUCCCCUGCUGGCCUCUCCCCUGCUGGCCUCUCCCCUGCUGGCCUCUCCCCUGCUGGCCUCUCCCCUGCUGGCCUCUCCCCUGCUGGCCUCUCCCCUGCUGGCCUCUCCCCUGCUGGCCUCUCCCCUGCUGGCCUCUCCCCUGCUGGCCUCUCCCCUGCUGGCCUCUCCCCUGCUGGCCUCUCCCCUGCUGGCCUCUCCCCUGCUGGCCUCUCCCCUGCUGGCCUCUCCCCUGCUGGCCUCUCCCCUGCUGGCCUCUCCCCUGCUGGCCUCUCCCCUGCUGGCCUCUCCCCUGCUGGCCUCUCCCCUGCUGGCCUCUCCCCUGCUGGCCUCUCCCCGGCUGGCCUCUCCCCUGCUGGCCUCUCCCCUGCUGGCCUCUCCCCUGCUGGCCUCUCCCCUGCUGGCCUCUCCCCGGCUGGCCUCUCCCCUGCUGGCCUCUCCCCUGCUGGCCUCUCCCCUGCUGGCCUCUCCCCUGCUGGCCUCUCCCCUGCUGGCCUCUCCCCUGCUGGCCUCUCCCCUGCUGGCCUCUCCCCUGCUGGCCUCUCCCCUGCUGGCCUCUCCCCUGCUGGCCUCUCCCCUGCUGGCCUCUCCCCUGCUGGCCUCUCCCCUGCUGGCCUCUCCCCUGCUGGCCUCUCCCCUGCUGGCCUCUCCCCUGCUGGCCUCUCCCCUGCUGGCCUCUCCCCUGCUGGCCUCUCCCCUGCUGGCCUCUCCCCUGCUGGCCUCUCCCCUGCUGGCCUCUCCCCUGCUGGCCUCUCCCCUGCUGGCCUCUCCCCUGCUGGCCUCUCCCCUGCUGGCCUCUCCCCUGCUGGCCUCUCCCCUGCUGGCCUCUCCCCUGCUGGCCUCUCCCCUGCUGGCCUCUCCCCUGCUGGCCUCUCCCCUGCUGGCCUCUCCCCUGCUGGCCUCUCCCCUGCUGGCCUCUCCCCUGCUGGCCUCUCCCCUGCUGGCUGCCUCUCCCCUGCUGGCCUCUCCCCUGCUGGCCUCUCCCCUGCUGGCCUCUCCCCUGCUGGCCUCUCCCCUGCUGGCCUCUCCCCUGCUGGCCUCUCCCCUGCUGGCCUCUCCCCUGCUGGCCUCUCCCCUGCUGGCCUCUCCCCUGCUGGCCUCUCCCCUGCUGGCCUCUCCCCUGCUGGCCUCUCCCCUGCUGGCCUCUCCCCUGCUGGCCUCUCCCCUGCUGGCCUCUCCCCUGCUGGCCUCUCCCCUGCUGGCCUCUCCCCUGCUGGCCUCUCCCCUGCUGGCCUCUCCCCUGCUGGCCUCUCCCCUGCUGGCCUCUCCCCUGCUGGGCUGGCCUCCUCCCCUGCUGGCCUCUCCCCUGCUGGCCUCUCCCCUGCUGGCCUCUCCCCUGCUGGCCUCAUCCCCUGCUGGCCUCUCCCCUGCUGGCCUCUCCCCUGCUUGGCCUCUCCCCUGCUGGCCUCUCCCCUGCUGGCCUCCUCCCCUGCUGGCCUCUCCCCUGCUGGCCCUCUCCCCUGCUGGCCUCUCCCCUGCUGGCCUCUCCCCUGCUGGCCUCUCCCCUGCUGGCCUCUCCCCUGCUGGCCUCUCCCCCUGCUGGCCUCUCCCCUGCUGGCCUCUCCCCUGCUGGCCUCUCCCCUGCUGGCCUCUCCCCUGCUGGCCUCUCCCCUGCUGGCCUCAUCCCCUGCUGGCCUCUCCCUGCUGGCCUCUCCCCUGCUGGCCUCUCCCCUGCUGGCCUCUCCCCUGCUGGCCUCUUCCCCUGCUGGCCUCUCCCCUGCUGGCCUCUCCCUGCUGGCCUCUCCCCUGCUGGCCUCUCCCCUGCUGGCCUCUCCCCUGCUGGCCUCUCCCCUGCUGGCCUCUCCCCUGCUGGCCUCUCCCCUGCUGGCCUCUCCCCUGCUGGCCUCUCCCCUGCUGGCCUCUCCCCUGCUGGCCUCUCCCCUGCUGGCCUCUCCCCUGCUGGCCUCUCCCCUGCUGGCCUCUCCCCUGCUGGCCUCUCCCCUGCUGGCCUCUCCCCUGCUGGCCUCUCCCCUGCUGGCCUCUCCCCUGCUGGCCUCUCCCCUGCUGGCCUCUCCCCUGCUGGCCUCUCCCCUGCUGGCCUCUCCCCUGCUGGCCUCUCCCCUGCUGGCCUCUCCCCUGCUGGCCUCUCCCCUGCUGGCCUCUCCCCUGCUGGCCUCUCCCCUGCUGGCCUCUCCCCUGCUGGCCUCUCCCCUGCUGGCCUCUCCCCUGCUGGCCUCUCCCCUGCUGGCCUCUCCCCUGCUGGCCUCUCCCCUGCUGGCCUCUCCCCUGCUGGCCUCUCCCCUGCUGGCCUCUCCCCUGCUGGCCUCUCCCCUGCUGGCCUCUCCCCUGCUGGCCUCUCCCCUGCUGGCCUCUCCCCUGCUGGCCUCUCCCCUGCUGGCCUCUCCCCUGCUGGCCUCUCCCCUGCUGGCCUCUCCCCUGCUGGCCUCUCCCCUGCUGGCCUCUCCCCUGCUGGCCUCUCCCCUGCUGGCCUCUCCCCUGCUGGCCUCUCCCCUGCUGGCCUCUCCCCUGCUGGCCUCUCCCCUGCUGGCCUCUCCCCUGCUGGCCUCUCCCCUGCUGGCCUCUCCCCUGCUGGCCUCUCCCCUGCUGGCCUCUCCCCUGCUGGCCUCUCCCCUGCUGGCCUCUCCCCUGCUGGCCUCUCCCCUGCUGGCCUCUCCCCUGCUGGCCUCUCCCCUGCUGGCCUCUCCCCUGCUGGCCUCUCCCCUGCUGGCCUCUCCCCUGCUGGCCUCUCCCCUGCUGGCCUCUCCCCUGCUGGCCUCUCCCCUGCUGGCCUCUCCCCUGCUGGCCUCUCCCCUGCUGGCCUCUCCCCUGCUGGCCUCUCCCCUGCUGGCCUCUCCCCUGCUGGCCUCUCCCCUGCUGGCCUCUCCCCUGCUGGCCUCUCCCCUGCUGGCCUCUCCCCUGCUGGCCUCUCCCCUGCUGGCCUCUCCCCUGCUGGCCUCUCCCCUGCUGGCCUCUCCCCUGCUGGCCUCUCCCCUGCUGGCCUCUCCCCUGCUGGCCUCUCCCCUGCUGGCCUCUCCCCUGCUGGCCUCUCCCCUGCUGGCCUCUCCCCUGCUGGCCUCUCCCCUGCUGGCCUCUCCCCUGCUGGCCUCUCCCCUGCUGGCCUCUCCCCUGCUGGCCUCUCCCCUGCUGGCCUCUCCCCUGCUGGCCUCUCCCCUGCUGGCCUCUCCCCUGCUGGCCUCUCCCCUGCUGGCCUCUCCCCUGCUGGCCUCUCCCCUGCUGGCCUCUCCCCUGCUGGCCUCUCCCCUGCUGGCCUCUCCCCUGCUGGCCUCUCCCCUGCUGGCCUCUCCCCUGCUGGCCUCUCCCCUGCUGGCCUCUCCCCUGCUGGCCUCUCCCCUGCUGGCCUCUCCCCUGCUGGCCUCUCCCCUGCUGGCCUCUCCCCUGCUGGCCUCUCCCCUGCUGGCCUCUCCCCUGCUGGCCUCUCCCCUGCUGGCCUCUCCCCUGCUGGCCUCUCCCCUGGCCUCUCCCUGCUGGCCUCUCCCCUGCUGGCCUCUCCCCUGCUGGCCUCUCCCCUGCUGGCCUCUCCCCUGCUGGCCUCUCCCCUGCUGGCCUCUCCCCUGCUGGCCUCUCCCCUGCUGGCCUCUCCCCUGCUGGCCUCUCCCCUGCUGGCCUCUCCCCCUGCUGGCCUCUCCCCUGCUGGCCUCUCCCCUGCUGGCCUCUUCCCCUGCUGGCCUCUCCCCUGCUGGCCUCUCCCCUGCUGGCCUCUCCCCUGCUGGCCUCUCCCCUGCUGGCCUCUCCCCUGCUGGCCUCUCCCCUGCUGGCCUCUCCCCUGCUGGCCUCUCCCCUGCUGGCCUCUCCCCUGCUGGCCUCUCCCCUGCUGGCCUCUCCCCUGCUGGCCUCUUCCCCCCUGCUGCCUCUCCCCUGCUGGCCUCUCCCCUGCUGGCCUCUCCCCUGCUGGCCUCUCCCCUGCUGGCCUCUCCCCUGCUGGCCUCUCCCCUGCUGGCCUCUCCCCUGCUGGCCUCUCCCCUGCUGGCCUCAUCCCCUGCUGGCCUCUCCCCUGCUGGCCUCUCCCCUGCUGGCCUCUCCCCUGCUGGCCUCUCCCCUGCUGGCCUCUCCCCUGCUGGCCUCUCCCCUGCUGGCCUCUCCCCUGCUGGCCUCUCCCCUGCUGGCCUCUCCCCUGCUGGCCUCUCCCCUGCUGGCCUCUCCCCUGCUGGCCUCUCCCCUGCUGGCCUCUCCCCUGCUGGCCUCUCCCCUGCUGGCCUCUCCCCUGCUGGCCUCUCCCCUGCUGGCCUCUCCCCUGCUGGCCUCUCCCCUGCUGGCCUCUCCCCUGCUGGCCUCUCCCCUGCUGGCCUCUCCCCUGCUGGCCUCUCCCCUGCUGGCCUCUCCCCUGCUGGCCUCUCCCUGCUGGCCUCUCCCCUGCUGGCCUCUCCCCUGCUGGCCUCUCCCCUGCUGGCCUCUCCCCUGCUGGCCUCUCCCCUGCUGGCCUCUCCCCUGCUGGCCUCUCCCCUGCUGGCCUCUCCCCUGCUGGCCUCUCCCCUGCUGGCCUCUCCCCUGCUGGCCUCUCCCCUGCUGGCCUCUCCCCUGCUGGCCUCUCCCCUGCUGGCCUCUCCCCUGCUGGCCUCUCCCCUGCUGGCCUCUCCCCUGCUGGCCUCUCCCCUGCUGGCCUCUCCCCUGCUGGCCUCUCCCCUGCUGGCCUCUCCCCUGCUGGCCUCUCCCCUGCUGGCCUCUCCCCUGCUGGCCUCUCCCCUGCUGGCCUCUCCCCUGCUGGCCUCUCCCCUGCUGGCCUCUCCCCUGCUGGCCUCUCCCCUGCUGGCCUCUCCCCUGCUGGCCUCUCCCCUGCUGGCCUCUCCCCUGCUGGCCUCUCCCCUGCUGGCCUCUCCCCUGCUGGCCUCUCCCCUGCUGGCCUCUCCCCUGCUGGCCUCUCCCCUGCUGGCCUCUCCCCUGCUGGCCUCUCCCCUGCUGGCCUCUCCCUGCUGGCCUCUCCCCUGCUGGCCUCUUCCCCUGCUGGCCUCUCCCCUGCUGGCCUCUCCCCUGCUGGCCUCUCCCCUGCUGGCCUCUCCCCUGCUGGCCUCUCCCCUGCUGGCCUCUCCCCUGCUGGCCUCUCCCCUGCUGGCCUCUCCCCUGCUGGCCUCUCCCCUGCUGGCCUCUCCCCUGCUGGCCUCUCCCCUGCUGGCCUCUCCCCUGCUGGCCUCUCCCCUGCUGGCCUCUCCCCCUGCUGGCCUCUCCCCUGCUGGCCUCUCCCCUGCUGGCCUCUCCCCUGCUGGCCUCUCCCCUGCUGGCCUCUCCCCUGCUGGCCUCUCCCCUGCUGGCCUCUCCCCUGCUGGCCUCUCCCCUGCUGGCCUCUCCCCUGCUGGCCUCUCCCCUGCUGGCCUCUCCCUGCUGGCCUCUCCCCUGCUGGCCUCUCCCCUGCUGGCCUCUCCCCUGCCUGGCCUCUCCCCUGCUGGCCUCUCCCCUGCUGGCCUCUCCCCUGCUGGCCUCUCCCCUGCUGGCCUCUCCCCUGCUGGCCUCUCCCCUGCUGGCCUCUCCCCUGCUGGCCUCUCCCCUGCUGGCCUCUCCCCUGCUGGCCUCUCCCCUGCUGGCCUCUCCCCUGCUGGCCUCUCCCCUGCUGGCCUCUCCCCUGCUGGCCUCUCCCCUGCUGGCCUCUCCCCUGCUGGCCUCUCCCCUGCUGGCCUCUCCCCUGCUGGCCUCUCCCCUGCUGGCCUCUCCCCUGCUGGCCUCUCCCCUGCUGGCCUCUCCCCUGCUGGCCUCUCCCCUGCUGGCCUCUCCCCUGCUGGCCUCUCCCCUGCUGGCCUCUCCCCUGCUGGCCUCUCCCCUGCUGGCCUCUCCCCUGCUGGCCUCUCCCCUGCUGGCCUCUCCCCUGCUGGCCUCUCCCCUGCUGGCCUCUCCCCUGCUGGCCUCUCCCCUGCUGGCCUCUCCCCUGCUGGCCUCUCCCCUGCUGGCCUCUCCCCUGCUGGCCUCUCCCCUGCUGGCCUCUCCCCUGCUGGCCUCUCCCCUGCUGGCCUCUCCCCUGCUGGCCUCUCCCCUGCUGGCCUCUCCCCUGCUGGCCUCCCUCUCCCCUGCUGGCCUCUCCCCUGCUGGCCUCUCCCCUGCUGGCCUCUCCCCUGCUGGCCUCUCCCCUGCUGGCCUCUCCCCUGCUGGCCUCUCCCCUGCUGGCCUCUCCCCUGCUGGCCUCUCCCCUGCUGGCCUCUCCCCUGCUGGCCUCUCCCCUGCUGGCCUCUCCCCUGCUGGCCUCUCCCCUGCUGGCCUCUCCCCUGCUGGCCUCUCCCCUGCUGGCCUCUCCCCUGCUGGCCUCUCCCCUGCUUGCCUCUCCCCUGCUGCUCUCCUUCCCACAACCCCUUCCUCCCCCACCCCAUCUCCCAUCCCCUCCACCAGCUCCUCAAACGAUAUGGCUGCAGCUGCGAGCGCCCGCCGCAGCCUGCCGCCCACAAACGCCACAUCAGCUUCCGUCAUCUCCUGCCAGCUCUCGUCAAGUGCGACGUCAUCAUUGCUACCUGCAUCACCACUCCCGGCCUCAUCCAACUCAUCCAAUUCAUCAAGCUCGUCUAG